GGGAUGGAAGUGAUAAAGUGAAUUUCAAGCAUUUCCUUUAUAAGGUUAGACGCGAUGUGUGAAAACGGGGCUAAUAUGUUCUAGUUUCGAAGUUUGCCUAUUUACAUCCGUGCAUCAUUCUUCGGCUCGUCGCGGUGUGAUGAGCGGCGCGGCAUCGGAGGCGGAGGCCGGGCGCGCGCGGCCGCUGUCGGGCGGGCUGUGGUCGCUCAUCUCGUGGCUGCGCCGCGACGACUCGGGCGCCUCCAGCGACAGCCUCUCCAGCGUCGGCUCCGACCGCACCGUCGCCAGCUUCGCCUUCCUCGCGCCCGACCGCUACCGCCGCCCCGCCGCCCCCGUGCUGCUGCGUCCGCCCGGCCCCCCGACCGACUCCUACAAGAGGCGCCUCCGCGACAGGAACUCCUGGCUGCAGCACGACCGCGAUCUCACUCUCCACCGCAAGUACGGACUCUUUAGAGGAGAGAACGGUUACGACGCCUUUAGCCUACCCCCGGCGCGUAAAGCUGCGGAGACCGACCGGGAGGAGAGGGAGCGCCGAGCCGCGAGCUUGUGCCUGCAGCGGCGCGCGGCGCACGUGCCCGGCAAGCGACGCGCGCCGGCGCCGCCCGCCCGCGCCGCCUCGCUCGGCCGCUCCCGCAAGCGGCCCGCGCCGCAGCCUCCGAGACGGCCGCUCGGCGAGCUCGGCGGGAACGUUCCGAUACCCGAGGAACCGUUUCUAGUCCGAACGGAUCUAGUCGAUCCCGCUUUGCGGAGAACCGAAAGCAUGGAUUGCGAACCGGAAAAAUAUAUUAAGAAAGAAAUUAAAGAUUCUAAACCGCGAACGGAAAAGAGUUUCUUUAAACAGAUUUUUGAGGGCAGAAAGAGGAAUUCGGCCGUCGACCCCGUUCCUGAAAGGAUCCUGCCCAGUAUAAGUGAGCUGGACAAGCAGGCUGCUGAAAUAAUAGAAUCGUGUAAAUUAAAAGCUAUAGAUCGAAGUAAUGAGAAGGCCGCGGGGACCUCCAGAGAACUGGUGACCCCGUCCAGAGGGGAUAUGUGGUUCUGCACGAGGUGUCUUCGAAAAUAUAAUGAUUCUGUCGUAACUUGUGGAUAUUGCAUAACCGAACAGAAAAUGCAAUUAAACAAAAAUUACAGUGAUCGUCGUUUAGCGAAUAGAGCUUCUAAUCACUAUACACAAACAGAAUUGGCAAAUGUAGCCUCGACGAGUGGCGUAAACGUAGUCGAAGAAAAACAAAAGUUAAAAGAAAUGCUUAAAGAGAUUAAGGACUCCUUACCUAAGAGACCCAAGCACGAGGUAAAUGACAAUAAAAAUAAUAAUCAUGAUACCCAAGAAAAAGAAAUUAGCAAGUCCCCUGUUGUAGAGGCUCCCACUCUUAGAAUAGGCACCAAAAUAUACGAAGAAGAAAAAGUAAUACAGAAUGCCGACAGUAAAUCAGUAAAUAUCAAAGCAGGCAGUAGAACUAACGAAGUAAAGGUCGUUACCAACAGCACACCGACAUCAGCCACGGAAACAGCUGUAGUGACACAACCAAUAGUGUUACAACAUGUACCUUCCAGGGAUAUAGUAAAAUUAGAAUAUUUUAAAAUUCCGGAAUCCAAGCAAGGCAACUUAAGUAUGAAUUCGCCUACUGCCUCCGACAAGAAAAAUAUUAUUACUAGUUCACAUUCAAUCACAAAAAACUUGAUUAUUCCUGAAAGUAAAUGUAAGAUUAACAGUGAUUCUUCCACAUCUGGCAGUGCCCCUUCGAACGUACCAUUAAAAUUAUCCUCAUUACUAAAUUCAAGUCCAAUAAUUGAAAAACAAUUACAAACAAAACCAUACGACUUACAAUCUGGAACCCAGGUUCAAAGAUCUAGUAACCAAACAACAACAACAGCACACGAAGCAAAAGCCUUAGUUGCUCCUAAGUUAGCAGCAGAUACAAUCUUAAAUCAGCAUUUACCAGACCAACGUCUAAGGGAUGUAAACACUGCGAAAACGUCAACUUCAGCGCUAAAAGCUGCAACAGCAUCUCAAGAGCAAACAACACAAAAACCACUAAAAGCAACCAGUACAACGCAAACUUCUUCGAAUGGAGUUUUUGAUAUUGAUGCGAAGUCUAAACGACACACAACAAUCAUAAAAGACCACAACAAUUUAAAAGCUGAUGCAGAAAGAAAUAAUGUGUCACCAAAACUUCCCACAAAGUCAGCUUCUUUUGGAAUCUCUUCAUCUGGACCCCACACAAGUACAGUUUCUUCAGCUCCUGGCCCAUCUGUAGAUGGUAAACAAAUGAACACAGACAAUAUCGGUAUUAUCGGUAAUCAGCAGCAGAAAUCACACUUUCAAAAUGCGCCAUGCAAAGUAACCGGUGAAAUAAGGGAUAAUCCACGAAUAUCAGAUAGUCGUCAACAUAAUCCGGCUUUGAAAGUUAUUCCUUUUGAUCUUCAUUCAAGAAGAAGAGAUUUAAUCAACCAACUUGAACAAUCCAUCGCUAAAGGAGACGAAAGAGCGGCUGCGGAUGCCGCUGCAAAGCUAGCUCAAUUAAGACUAUCCUGUUCUGUAUUGUCAUUCUCGUCACAAAUUGUUGGUGCACCAUCUACAUCACUAAGUGAUCCAGUAAAGAAAACCAAUGACAUCGUCUCUAACAAGGCACAGAUGGAAGACACGACACAAACAAAUGGUCCUAAGAUAUCAAAUACCACGUCACCUAAUAAUGUUGCAGCGUCACCAAGUAAAACUCCGAUUGAAAAGAAACCGGCCACUAUACAGCCCAAAUCUGGAGAAUUGGAAAAGAAAAAUAAACCAGUCAAUAACGAACGCCAAAAAAUAAACGAAGCCUCAACGUCUAAUAAAAACGAUGCAGCCGGAAAUGAUAACGUUUCGAUAGAAGUAUGGAUUGAAGAUAGAGAAGCGGCUAGGGGGCCUAUAAAGAUGAAUAUGCCCCGGGUAUCCGUAAUGGGCGAUUUGCGGCGUCAAGCGAACGCGUCAUUCGGUCUGGCGGCCCACUUACAACGGUGGAUCGUGGGAAGGACUCUCUGCACGGACGACAACACGCCCCUCAACACGCUGGCUGGCCCGAACUUUGAUGCGCCCUUUUAUCUCUGCUUGGUGGAGCCAGAUACAAAUAAGCCAACUGCUUUGCGCCCGGGAUCUUCCAAUAAUAAAACAGAGGAUAAGAAUCAGAACGUAGACCAACCAAAUGGAGAAAACAAGGCAACUGAUGUAUACGCCGAAUUAGUCCUUCUGGAGCGACGCGCUGUUGUUCCCAAUGCUGAAGUGUUCGAGUGUGGAGUUUGUAUGGAGAAUUACCAACCUGGCGAAGGCGCGGUUCUACGAGAAUGCGUGCACACGUUCUGCAUGGAGUGUCUCUCAGACGUCGUGAAGCACUCCGAGGAACCUGCAGUUUCAUGUCCUGCCAUGGGCUGCCUUGGGUUUCUGCAGGAACGGGAAAUUCGCGCUCUCGUAUCUCCGGAGGAAUAUGAACGGUGGUUGGCGAGAGGACUGGCUGCCGCGGAGAGCGGCACUCGAAACGCAUUCCACUGUCGAACCGCCGACUGCCAGGGGUGGGCGCUGUGUGAGCCGGGCGUUACGAGGUUCCCCUGCCCUGUUUGCAAGCGGACAAACUGCGUUUCAUGUCAGGCCAUUCACGAGGGGGACUCGUGUGAACAGUAUCGCGCAAAGCAGCAAGCCGCCGAAGCGACCAACCGGGCCCCUGCAGAAACCGACGAAGGAACCAGGGCAUUCCUCGACACUCUGAUAUCGCGCGGGGAAGCUCUCGAGUGUCCGGAGUGCAGUGCAAUUAUAACGAAGAAAUGGGGUUGCGAUUGGAUCAAAUGUUCGGCCUGCAAGACGGAGAUCUGCUGGGUGACGCGCGGCCCGCGCUGGGGCCCGGGCGGCCGCGGCGACACGAGCGGCGGCUGCCGGUGCGGCGUCGACGGCAAGCGGUGCCAUCCUUCCUGUGGCUAUUGUCAUUAA